GUCGAGUCUGGGCUCACAAGAUAUAGCACUGAUCUCCCAGAUCUUGAACUUGGAGAAUCACUAGAACCGUUCUUCCAAAGUGGUAUUACAUUGCGAAACUAGGCGUUCACUGGCGGGAUGUUACCUGGGGCCAUGACACAGAUCCCGUCGGUUGUCAGCACUGGGAUUCAACGUCACUGGGACUUGAAUUCCGCAAUUUCAUUCCAUAGUCAGGUACAGAGGAAUUGCAUGAACACUGUAUGAAAGGCGGCACAACGAGACUGUUUCUUGACAAGCUAUAUUUGUACUGCCAGUAUCGCUAUUGAACUUAUACCGCUCUUUCAAACAUCACGGAUCCCUCCAUCUCGAGUGACAGACAACACCUCUCUGCCCUUGUAACCAGAAUUCCUCCUCCAGCUUUUACGAAUGCUGUGAUAGAUCCAUGCUCGCCAAAGCUGAUCUGUCUCCUCAGCAGUAUCGAUAUCUAGCAAUGCUAGCCCUUGCCUGAGGCGUAAUCCUCAAAACCAUUGUCCUCCACAUGCGUUCGAGUCCGAUGCAACCUGCGGUGUUCAGGCCAGAUAAGAGGUGGUCAGAACAUCAUGGGCCUCACCGUUCAGACACAUGGACGUGAGCGCGCCAUCUCGACCGCUGACAUACUGCGCCCGCAAGAUAAAGACAUAGCUGCCCUGGUGAAGAAUCUGGACAGCCUUGACUGCACCUCCUUUGAAAAGUUGCAAGACAGUCUUGAACAAUCGGUCCCAUUACAGCAACUGCGCCAUUUCCUCAAAGACGAUGCUGAACUUCACGGUGCCAAAAGUGGUUUCAGACGUGCUGGUGGCCUACAAGCUCUUCUCCGUCUUCUUCGGCUACUGACAGACACGUAUGGGGCCCAGGAGAAUCCUUUGGCGACCAUCAAGCCCUUUCUUCAAACACUCUCGCAAUGGUUUGCCGUUCUUGGGGCUGCCCUGGAGGGCCACGAAGGAAAUCAAAGAUAUUUCAGAACAAAGGUGGACGACGAUGGUUGGCGGUCCCUGCAACGCACUCUUCAGCAGUGUCUCACCGUUUUGUCGCGUCAAAGCGGAGACGAACUAUAUGUCGAGCAGUUCUUCGGUAUCCUCCUUGCAACUGCGGCUGGAGUGGAAGUCGUGGAUGAUCUCUACACUGCUGCUGAAAAAUCAAUCAACACUCAAAUUUCGCAGCCUGUGUCAGAGGAUGCUAGCAAUAUUGUAAGAGCUGCUGUGACCAAAUCAAUGUCGAGCGUGGACGAACUCGCGUUACCUGAGAUGCUCACUACUAUGCUUGUCCUCUGGUCUGCUGGCAUCAAAGCGGACGCCAUACCUCAACGAUCAUUGAGAUUGGUGCUGCCCGUGAGUCUAAAAGAGAUUCUUUCGAUAUCAAGACAUAACCUUGUCGCUGCGCACACGGCUGGGACCUUGACAGCCAUCCUCCAAUUAGUCUUUGAAGAACGCCUGUCCGCGGUUGAGAGGACCCUUUUCAAAGAAGCUGCCCUCGUCCUCUGUCAAGAAGGUGUUUCGAGCCUGGAGGAUGCCCAUUACCUUUUCAAUCAGGCAGCCCUAAGAUCUGAUGCAGCAGCAUUUCUUCUUGAUGCUGUUCAAGCAUCGAGACAGCCACCAAGUGUACAAUUCGAUCUCUUGCAGCAAGGCUAUGCUUCAACAGAAUUGGCAAGCCUUGGUAGACCUUUUCCUCCCCUCGACACUGCCGGUUACACCCUGAGUCUAUGGGCUCGGUUCGACUCAUACGAUAGCCAAGCUCAUACCACUCUUUUCGGCGCAUUUGACAAAACCCAGGCUUGUUUCAUUUUGGCCUACCUUGAAAAGGACACACACCACCUCAUUCUUCAAACAGCAAUCCAAGGCAGUAGACCAAGUGUCAGAUUUAAGUCGGUCGCUUUUCAACCGGAUCAAUGGUAUCACAUUUGCAUUGUUCACAAGAGACCGCGAACGACGUCGUCCUCGAGAGCUUUUCUAUUCGUUGAUGGGGACUUCGUCGAGCAGCAAAAGGCAAACUAUCCUACGGUGCCUCCAAAUGAACGUGGACAAAGUACGCCCAAGAUUCAGGCAUUCUUCGGUACACCUCAAGACCUAUCACCUCGGUCGGCUGGCACAUCUUGUCUCUCAAAAUGGUCGUUAGGUUCUGCAGUCUUGUUUUCGGACACAUUGAGCGAUGACUUGGUGGCCGUGUUCUAUCAUCUUGGCCCGAAAUACCACGGCAAUUUCCAGGACUGUCUCGGUUCGUUCCAAACGUAUCAGGCCUCUGCCGCGUUGAAUCUCAGAAACGAGAUGCUGCAUCCUGGGAAGGAAGAUCAAUCGGAACUCAUCCUAGCGAUCCGGCAGAAGGCUAGUAAUCUGAUUCGGGAGGAUAAAAUUCUCAUCAACGUGUCUCCUGCUGCCAUUCUGGAUAAUGACGAUCGUAACAACAUCGAUGAGACGCAGCUGGUCAAAUCUCUAUCCAAACUGGCUGCGAAAAACCUGGUCGCUUACACACGUUCAGGUACCAGCGCUGUUGCCAUCAAUGGAGCAGUGCCUGCAAUUAAUGACGCCUUGACUCAAGCUCGAGGUGUCUUUCUGCUCAUGGGCGACCCUACAGUGACCGUGCCGCACUCCCUCGACGAUGCUAGCUGGCGCUUGGGAGGCUGCGGUGCUGUUGGCCUAGGUCUUGUUCAACGCGCUCGUACCACGGAAGAAGUUGCUCUGGCUGUUGACAUUCUGCUAGAGACCGUGCGCCACAGCUGGAGGAACAGCGAGGUCAUGGAAAGAGACGGGGGCUAUGCUAUUCUAGCAAUGCUUCUAAAGGAGAAACUCGUUCUCCCUGCGCAGAGCAACGGAGAAACAGGAAAGACGGCAAUUGCUAUCCCGACUCCUCGGCUCGAUAGAAACGCUCUCAGUCUUCGGGUGCUGCAAUCGAUCUUAUCGUUCACGGGAUAUGACCAUGAAACUCAGUCGAAGUCGGUUAUCAACAAUCCUCUAGCUUACAAAGUCCUUAUAGCGGACAGCAGUAUUUGGAGAUGUGGUCCACUUCCAGCACAACAAUUAUACUUCGAGCAGUUCCUGGUCUUUGCCGAACAAAGUGAGUUCAACCGCUUCAAUCUAAAGAGGCUAUCGAGGAUGAGGGUCUUAAAGCGACUCAUGGAAGCUUUGAAGUCGGAGCCUGUUUCGAAAGCAAUCAUGCCAAUGUACAUGGCUGCUUUCAAAGUACUACUCCCUCGAUCGAUGUCCGCAGAGACGCUACGUUCGUUCGCGCUUUUCAUCACUUUCUCUGUCAACAAGCGUAACAUCGGGCUACAGUUCCGCAAGCCAACUCGGCGAGAAGCACGACAGAGAAGCUCAUCUGGUGGCUCUUCCAAAAGCGGCAAAGAAGAAGGAGCCUCUACAUUGACGCAUUUCGAAAUCGGAGUCGAAGUACUCCGCCUGUAUUCAGAUUUGCUUAGCCGCAAGGAUGAUGAUACGAUGAUCAAGAAAUUUGCGAAGACAGUCACAAACAAAUGGCUGCUUUACUUGCUUUCGGAAACCUCUCCCGAAGUCGUGGUGCUUUCGAUGAGGAUAGUAUCUAGACUGCUGGUUGUCCAUGGAGACAGCUACGUGAAGAAGUUCAAGGAUAGCGCCAAAACAUCUGGUUUUACAGUCAUGGCCUAUCGUCUGAAGAGAUGGUGGCAUCUCCCUGCACUGUGGCCAACGUGCUUUGCCAUCCUGUUCGACUUGGACGUCUGCAAUCUCGAUUUGGACCGGAAUUUCGAUCUGUUCGGAUUCAUUGAUCUCUUUGCAAGCAAGAAGGAGCUUUCAGUCGUGUAUCCUGAAAUCCUUGAGGUCAUUAUGGCUAUGCUACAGAGUGGCCUCAAGACCAUUGUCUCAUCGAAGCGACAUCAGACAUCAACAGCUUUAGCGCCUCCACUGGAUGACUUCGACCAGCCUCCGCAGCGACUAUCUAUGUCAACGAUGGCCCCACCAGACCCUCUUCUCACCAUUGUGACCAGCCAGCACAUAGAGACCUUCGACACUGUUGUUCGGUUCCUGGCAGAUCUCCAUACUAGAUCACGCAAAUUUCGAGACUUUGCAGCUUCCUCCUCCUAUGUGCAGCACCUUCUAUCGGUCCUCUUCCCUGUUGUCGUGGGCUCUGAUAUUGUCGAGGCGAGAACCGAAUUGGACGCCCGAGAUUCCACGCUGACAUUUGACGGCGCUGAUGUAAUUGUUCGGCCUCUGUCGACCACGUCGCCCAUAAUCCGUACGACUGAGACAGAAAUAGCGUCCGCGGCGGCACGAGGCAAGACCCUCCGCAGAGGCUCCUCUUUUGUUCUCGUAACACGAGAGCAGGCUCACCAAAAUGGCAACGGCGCUCGGCCUGUCGAUGCAACCGGCUCUGAUUGCGCUGUUCGGAAGAUAGUUGAACUCAACGAGGGUCAUUCGAUUGUUCAGAGCUUGUUGGAGAUAGUCGUGGCCGUUUUCCUGGAUCAAAUUCUCAUGAGGAAGGAUUUUCCGGGACUUGGGCUUUUUCUUAAAACACCACCUGGAUUUAUCGAGCACCAAACUUACUUUGAAACAUGGCUUCUCCGGAACACGGUUUCGCAACUGUCAAACCACCUCGCCCUUGAUCAGAAGGUUUUAACCGAGCCAAGAGUGCUCAUUAAUUUGGCGCGCCUUUUCGGCCAUCUCGAGGAAGCCUUAUUCGAAGGCUGGUUCAUUGGUGGCGCUGAGCCUGUGUUGGAUUUGUCAGGGUCGAUCUUGGAAUAUCUGCAGCGACCCGACAUAGCGAAGAUGAAGAGCGUUCGCCUCUGCACUCAGACGGUUGCCAUCAUACGCGCCGUUGUCUUUCGCACUGUACUGCUCGGCCUGUCUUCGAUCAAGGACGAUGAGUCACUCCCAUUUCUGGAAAAGCUGACCUAUUGGCAAACGGUUCUCCUGUCCGCCGAAGAAACGCAGUCAAUGCAUUUGCAACUCGUUUGCUAUUUGCUAUACGCCCACUUGGUCUCCUCAACCGAGGCUGUGCGACAAACAGCGGCCAACCUCUGGAGGAUUAUUCUGGUACAAAAGCCUGACGAAGCUGCAGCAAUACUUGGCCAGGCCGAUACAAAUGAGCAGAAAGGUCUCGCGACAAGCUUCGCGAAAGUGGUUGAGCUCGACAACGAGACGUUCCUAUACUGGGUUGACGAGCAUAGGGACGAACUGGAUUCCCUGUUCUUUGACACACUCUCAAAGCAGUGGGAUGCCUUUGUCGCCAGCGAAAAUAAACGCACCGAAGAAAACGGGCGUAUGAGGAUUACACGUCGACGCGAGAAGGUGAAACAAUGGGUACGAGAAGAAGCUGACCGGGACGAUCUGAUCCGACGACAUGAGAUCGCCUUUGAGAAUUGGACAGCCAAUAUAUACUCUUCCGAAUACCUCAAGCAUCAAAGAUUGCUCCAGGACCAGCAAGACGACCUUCUAUAUACGGAAGCUAGUUUCAACCAAAUGCAGAGAGACACCAGCAGGCCAGGCGGACUGUUCUAUGCUGGGAAGGCUCGCAAGUGGCGCCUUGACCAGACUGAGGGACGCAAUCGGAUGCGCAUGCGCCUUCAUGAAGAUUUCAGCAAAGCCGAGAAUGAUCAGCAACCCAAAAGAAAGGGAUCUGAAGUGCCGCAGUUACGACUCGAUACUAAAAACACGAAGAUGUCUACAGUCGAAGCUAUUGGUGUCACUCCCGGCGGCGCUACACCUAUGGUUGCCACGCCCAAACGAGUAGACACCGGCACCGAACCAUUUCCUCAGAUCGAGGAGGAACCCCAGAAUCAAGGCCAGACCAACGAGUCAGGUAACAAUGACGAGAGUGAGCAACAGGUUGAGGCAGUUGAAGGUGACGACAGUUUCGAAAUGGUUGAAGACCCGAAUGUAGAGACGGAGGAUUUUGAAGACAAGAACCGAAAAGUCAUGCGAAGUCUUCACCGAGGUGACCAGGUGAAGCAUGUGGCCAAUAUCUCGCGAGUCCUCGGUCUGGAGGCUGUCGAAGGUCUGCUAAUCCUGGGCAAGGACUUUAUCUACCUUCUCGAUAACUUCUUCCAGAGAGCAGAUGGCGAAAUUGUCAAUGUUUGGCAAGCACCGGAAGAAGAACGCGAUCCUUACGUGCGAAUGAUAUCUGGUCGAGAUGUCACGGAUCGAAGGCAUAUAUCCCGAAAUGAUGAACACGGCACUCGCAGUUGGAAGUGGUCGGAAAUCAUCAGUGUCUCGAAGCGACGCUUUUUGUUCCGUGAUGUCGGCAUGGAGAUAUUCUUCAGUGAUGGCAGAAGCUACUUGUUGACCGUCAUCUCGCCACCACUUCGCAAUGACUUGCACAGUCUGGUGUCAGCCAAAUCACCAUCGCCGACUGCACUCAGCGCGGCACAUCCUGAGACUGCGUGGCGGUAUGAGACUCUCAGAAGCGUUGAUGACGAGCCGCAGACCUUGGGGUCCAAGUUCGCGAAUGUGUUCGGUCAGCAAGCGAGCUAUCUUGCUGCGACCCGGAAAUGGCAGAAGGGAGAGAUGUCGAAUUUCCACUAUCUCAUGCUCAUCAACACGCUGGCUGGCAGAACAUACAACGACCUGACCCAGUAUCCUGUAUUCCCCUGGGUUAUAGCUGACUACACCAGCGACGAGCUGGACCUCUCCGAUCCGAGGAGCUUCCGUGAUUUGUCCAAACCAAUGGGCUGCCAAACGCCUGAAAGAGAAAGACAGUUUCGGGAACGAUAUGAGGCAUUGGCGGAGAUGGGUGACAGCAGUACGCCAGCUUUUCACUAUGGGACUCACUAUUCGUCCGCUAUGAUUGUGACUUCGUACCUCAUUCGGUUGCAGCCAUUCGUCAAGUCGUAUCUUUUAUUACAAGGUGGAACAUUUGAUCAUCCAGAUCGCAUGUUUUUCUCAAUUGAAGGAGCUUGGAAAUCCUCAUCCCGUCUGAUCCCGACGGACGUGCGCGAGUUGACACCUGAGUUCUACUACUUGCCAGAAUUCCUGAUGAAUGUUAACGAUUUCGAUUUCGGUACCAGACAGAACUCGACCGAGUCUAUUGGCAAGGUCGAGUUGCCUCCUUGGGCGAAAGGAGAUCCUCAAAUAUUCAUUGCCCGACAACGAGAAGCGCUGGAGAGCCCAUACGUGAGCAGGAAUCUUCAUAAAUGGAUUGAUCUCAUCUUUGGUUGCAAACAAAAGGGAGAGGCUGCCGUGGAGGCGGUCAAUGUCUUCCAUUAUCUGUCGUAUCAGGGUGCAAGAGAUCUCGAUGCUAUCACCGACCCUCGAGACCGGCUAGCAACGAUCGGAGUCAUUCACAACUUUGGGCAGACGCCGUAUCAAGUCUUCAGCAAACCUCACCCUGCCCGGGAGCAUAUCCGACAUCGAUAUAAGCGGCUGGAUACUGCUGCCGAGUCAUUGACACGAGUUCCUUCGACUCUUCUGGAGACGGAAGAGAAGGUCGCUUCUUUAAGCUUCUCGUGGAAGUCUGACCGCUUGUUGUGCUCGGGCGCUUUCAGGCUUAACAUUCCGCCGGAUUUCGAGAUGUAUAUGGAGUGGGGCUUCUCUGACAACAGUGUCCGCUUCUACUCGACGGAAAGCCGCAAGCAGAUUGGUCUCUUCGAACAUCUACAUGUAGGACAAUUGUCCAGUGCGCUCUUCACUGACUCCAAGACCUUGGUCACGGCAGGAACAGACUGUACAGUGGCUGUUUGGACUGUGGUUGACAGUGGGAAAUCUGUCGAGCUACAUCCUCGAGCAACGCUGUUUGGUCAUCGAAAGCCUGUCGGUGUCCUGGCCAUAUCCAGGUCUUUCAACGCAUUGUUGUCAGCGUCGACCGAUGGCCAAGUGAUGUUGUGGGAUCUUAAUCGGUGUGAGUUCAAUCGCAUGCUAGCUGAUGAGUUGCCUGUGACCUGCGCUGCCAUCAAUGAUGUGACUGGCAACAUUGUGCUUUGCCACGACCAUGAGAUCAGCGUGUAUACCCUGAACGGUGAACGACUUCUACGACAAGACUCUGGGGAUCGCUUGCAGGAGAGUAUCAUAUCCUGCGCUUGCUACGAAGGAGCGGGCAACGAGUGGCUUGAACGAGACCUAGUGUUCACGGGCCACAAGAGGGGACAAGUUCGUAUCUGGAGCAAAGUUGUCCGCGGAGGACACUUUGAGCUCGAGCUUAUUCGACAGCUCAAUCAUGCAGACAAUAGCAGGGAUGACGGAGCCAACGUGAAUGCCGGAAUCAGUUGCAUCUUGCCCAUGCCUCAAGUGGUGUAUACCGGGGAUGAAGAUGGGCGAGUGUACGAGUGGAACUGUGUGCAGAGACACUGAGACUCUGUUGCCGCAAAGAUAUCCUGCAGAAAGUAGACUUGGUUUUGUGAGAUUCGAGCAUAGCGAGGCGCAAUGCAGCAUGAUGCGUGAGCUGGAAUACGAGAUGGUGGUCAAGACAAUCGACUUUACUGGCCGAUCAUCCAUGAUUAUAGAGACGAUGACUAUAUAAAAGUUUGAGACUUUUUUGGAAUAGACAAGCACCCACACAGGGCACUGGCAGCAAAAUUGUGCUCGAUAUGCUGAGCGGAUGCCAUC